AUGACAGGAUAUAGAGCACACAACACAUCAAACCCACCACUUCUACCCACUUGCGCUGCGAACUUGGACACAGGAAUUUCUAGCGAACCAAAAUCUUUGAAUAUUCAAAUCCGAUUCUUCAACGAAGACUUGUAUACAUUAGGACUGAUAAGUCGGAAACCUCUGGUUUUGAUGCAGUCUGAUGAGAAGGAGACACAUAUGUCACUGUCACAUCAACAGGUCGACCUUACUAUUAAAGCGGGUGAGAAAUUAAAAUGGGACAAAGACAAAUACUCAAAGAUCAAGAAUUUAGAACGGUUUUGUCAGUUUUUGAUGCUUAUUGAUAAAUCCUACAAAUUAUCUAAACCGGAUAGAUUUUUGGUUCCUUUUUUAAAAGAUGGAAUUGAUUGGAACAGAGUUGAAACUCCUUUCGAAGUCUGCUUUUCAGAUCGGAAUAGAAAUGGAGCGAUAACUCUUGGAAAAGUUUAUGGGAAGUACAUUUUAGAAUCACUGACUACUCCGUUUAGGAUUAAUUUUUUUUCGUCAAUCAAGAGUUCGAAGGGAAACUCGAGACAAGGUAAUUUCUAUAAUAGAUAUUCUGUAGGUUCAAAUAUCGAAAAUAAAAACUGGUUACCUUUAAGAUUUUGGGAGAUUUCAGACCGCUUAGUUUCAUACCUUCGAACCAUUCCAGCUAUCGACUUCGAACCUGAUCUGAGGAGGAUGGAAAUACUUUCGCAAAUCCAGUUGUUUCAGAUCCCCGGAAAAAAUCAUAAUCAGGAAGAAUAUAUUGAGCUUGGUAGAAAUUUCAUCAGAAUGGUGAUUUCAUUAACCUUAUUUCAUCUUGGAAAUGAUGAUGUAGAAUGCCUUACGAACAAUCGUGAUAAAGAAAUGAUGAACACAAAUAUCAAAAGAUUACAAGGUAUUUUCUUAGAGGACCGUCACCAAAGUAAGCCGAUUCAAUCUCUUGUCGGAGCUUUCUAUUUUCACGAGAAUAAAGACUAUUUCAAGGAUGUUUAUGGUUACUUCCACAAGCAUAUGGAUCGCACUCUCAGCUUGGCUAAUCAGGUGGGUCUUAGUCAUAUGAAGAACUGGGAAGCAAAAGAUUGGAUCCGAUAUUGUGAAAUACAUCAUCCCCGGAAGCACCCCUUUACUCGCACUGAUCAAGAAAAACUAUUAGAAAACAUUCUGAGGUAUACGUUUGAUAAUAUCCACCUAUUAAGAUACGCACUUGGACAGUUCGGUAAGGAUGAAUUCCGAAGACUUGAGUGGAUAGGUGACGCACUUUUAGCCGAUUGGUCUUCACUCGUCAUGAAAAAAAUCCAGCUUAAAUCCCAAAGGAAACUUAAAGUACAUACUGCUUCUACAUACUUGAAUGCAAAUCAAACGUUAUGGAAAUGGUGGGUAAGGUGGGUUGACCCUACAGCUCAAGAACUUCCAGGCUCUAAAAAGCUUGAAGCUAUCAUAGGUGUUAUAUAUAUUGAUUGUCAGUGUCGAGCUGACCGGCGAGCUGAAUCUGAAUCCCCCGAAUCUCGUUUUCACGAUGUACUGCUGGAAAUGUUUGAGGAAGAGAUUCAAGAUGUCAAAUCGAAAUCUAAGUACUACGAGAGACGUUGA